AUGAGUUUCAUUCGGCCAGCUACUCCUGGCUUCCUGAUAACCCUCAUAGCCACCAUUUUGUUGGGUGUUGUAUCCUUCUCUGUACCCCUCAUAAAGUCUAUAUACUUCCUCAAGGCAAGCCUUGCCGUCGAAGGCUCCAAUGGUUACAUCACAUUUGGAACCUUGGGGUAUUGUUCGGAUAUCUCAGGGACAGUUUCAUGUUCUAGUGCAACAGUGGGGUAUGAGCUCAACAUCAAUGCCUUGGUGGGCGAUAAUACGGCUCUCCAAAUCCCCACCGUAGUUGUAAAAUGGCUCACGUAUGCCCUCGUCCUGCACAUUGUGGCUUUCGGCCUCGCAGGAGUAGCCGCCAUAUUUGGUCUACUCGCUCACAUUCGUGAAAUGGCCAUGACUUGCUUCAGUAGCUGCAUAUCAGGAUUUGCCGCUACUGUCGCUCUUACUGCUUUCAUUUUUGACCUCGUCAUCUUUUUUGUCGCCAAGUCCAGGAUGAACAGUGUUUCAGGUGGCUCUGCUUCCAUCGGCAACGCAGUAUGGAUUACGCUUAUCGCCUGGGUUCUACUGUUCUUCAGCGGAUGUUUCUACGGCGUUGGAAGGUGUUGCAUAAGAAGGCGUCCAAGGGAUAACGACCGUAUGGGUGGAAAUGGAUACGCAGAUCAAAUGCGCCUUGACGCUGUCAAAGCGGAAGUAGAUCGAAAAGCAAGACAACAGCGAGGCGAAAUUGGUUUACCCCCUUUCCAGGAAUAUGACCCAUCCCAGCCGCUGAAGGCCAGAAUCUCGGGGGAUGGUGUAUUUUUGGACGAGGAGGAUGGUGUGCUAUACCGAGACAACCAGAGCGUCUCAACCGCCGGAAGAGCCGGUACGGGAUCCUAUGGUCGUCGUCCAUCAGCAAACGGCUACGCUGGGGGAGGUUAUAUGCAGGCUCCUCUCGGGACACGCGCUGUUGAUGAAUAUAACAACACUUCUCCGUAUGCGGCGCCGCCACGCCGGAAGAGUAGCACCCUCACUCAGACUACGUCCUCCAGCACUUAUCCACCGACAUCUACAACUCACUCAAUGUCGCCUCUCAAUUCAUAUGCCGUUCCCGGUGCUGCAAUCACUGCCCCAGUGCAAAAUGCUUCCGGCGCUUACUAUAGUGACCCAUACUCCCCGCAGGCAUAUGGUCAUGUGGAAGGUGGUUCUUCGCGCACCCCUCCGCAGCAACAUGUGGUGUAUAACCCUUGGGAACCGCAGCAAACUCAGCCAUCCUUUAACCCAGAUUCAUACAAUGCUUCGGGUGUGACAGCUGCGGCUUCAUAUGCUAAUGCAUACAACCAGCCUCCUCGUCAACCCGAGCAGAACUAUGCUACCAGCACUACUGGUGCUCCACAGCUGUCGGACCCAUACUAUGCUUCCAAUUAUCGUGGCCCAACUCCUAAGCCGAGUUCUCCGCCACCAGCCAACACCAGUGGUGUAAAGGGUCCGAGGGGGCCGCCGUCCCCUGUGGUGAUGUCCCCUCCAUCUCAGAUGUACAACGACAACCCACCGACGUACGAGGAUGGUCCAUCGCGAACGCCUGUGCAGUGGAAGAGUUGA